GGGAGCAGGGAGAGCGCGCCCACCACCUUCCCUUCCCCCCUCGAUGGGAGCGGGGGCGUCCCGGCCGCUGCAGCCGCCUGAGGGAGAGCCGGGGGCUGCCUCUUCGGAGUUGGGGCUGAGCUGUCCACGGGGGAGAGCGCGCCAAGACUGCUGCAACUGCGGGCCAAGUUAAACCAAUCUACAGUAAUGGCUGCGGCCUUACCCAGGACCCUGGGAGAGUUGCAGCUAUAUAGAAUAUUGCAGAAAGCCAAUCUGCUCUCUUAUUUUGAUGCCUUUAUCCAACAAGGUGGUGAUGAUGUCCAGCAACUCUGUGAAGCUGGAGAAGAGGAAUUUUUGGAAAUCAUGGCACUCGUUGGCAUGGCUAGCAAACCCCUACAUGUUAGAAGAUUACAGAAAGCUUUGAGAGACUGGGUUACAAACCCUGGCCUUUUCAAUCAGCCACUGACUUCCCUUCCUGUCAGUAGCAUACCUAUCUACAAAUUACCAGAGGGAUCACCAACAUGGCUAGGAAUAUCCUGCAGUAGUUAUGAAAGGAAUAGCAGUGCCCGGGAACCUCAUUUAAAAAUUCCCAAAUGUGCUGCCACUACUUGUGUGCAGAGCUUGGGACAGGGGAAGUCAGAUGUGAUGGGGAGCUUAGCACUGCAGAGUGUUGGUGAGUCCAGACUCUGGCAAGGCCACCAUGCUACUGAGAGCGAACACAGUCUGUCCCCAGCAGACCUUGGCUCUCCGGCUUCCCCUAAGGAAAGCAGUGAGGCACUGGAUGCUGCUGCUGCCCUCUCUGUGGCKGAGUGUGUGGAGCGAAUGGCCCCCACACUGCCAAAAAGUGACUUGAAUGAAGUGAAAGAGCUGCUAAAAAACAACAAGAAGUUGGCCAAAAUGAUUGGUCACAUUUUUGAGAUGAGUGAUGAUGAUCCACACAAAGAGGAGGAAAUUCGAAAAUACAGUGCAAUAUAUGGCAGAUUUGACUCAAAGAGAAAGGAUGGGAAACAUCUCACACUUCAUGAGCUCACUGUUAAUGAAGCAGCUGCCCAACUCUGUGUGAAAGAUAAUGCCCUGCUUACAAGAAGAGACGAACUUUUUGCUCUGGCUAGGCAGAUUUCUCGAGAAGUCACCUAUAAAUAUACUUACAGAACCACCAAGUCAAAAUGUGGUGAAAGAGAUGAAUUAUCCCCAAAGAGAAUUAAAGUAGAGGAUGGGUUUCCAGAUUUCCAGGAUUCUAUGCACACACUCUUUCAGCAGGCUAGAGCCAAGAGUGAAGAACUCGCAGCCCUUAGUUCACAGCAGCCUGAAAAGGUGAUGGCAAAGCAGAUGGAACUCCUCUGUGCCCAAGCUGGCUAUGAGAGACUGCAGCAUGCUGAGAGAAGACUGUCUACAGGGCUUUACCGCAGAGCUCAAAAGAGCAGUCCUGAUGGCUUGCCUUCUGAUAACUCAGAUGGACAAGGAGAGAGACCUUUGAAUCUCCGAAUGCCUAAUUUGCAGAACWGACAGCCCCAUCAUUUUGUGGUGGAUGGGGAGUUGAGUAGACUUUACUCAAAUGAGGCAAAGUCCCACUCCUCAGAGAGCCUUGGGAUUUUAAAAGACUACCCUCACUCAGCUUUUACUUUGGAAAAGAAAGUCAUCAAAACAGAACCUGAAGAUUCAAGAUAGCUGUGAUUCUCCUACUGUUCUCUGGAAAUGGCAUCAGAUUUAAGGAUAAUGCUCCAUCAUAGAAAUAAGCCUUAAUAACCAAUGUUGCCUCAUUCAGCUCAAACAGAUUUCAUAGCCAAAGCAUAAGAACUCCUGCAGCAGUCUGUGGAAACUGGGAAGAAACAACAACAGCCACAAAAGAGAAAAAUCAAGAGAGAGUUGCAAUUUAUAUCAGAAACAUUUGAUCCAUUCACAUUCCUGUGUAAGUCAUUUUAUGUGGAAAGGCUUACAAGUUAAUAUUGUAAGCAUUCAUUAUUUCAGAAUGUACAAUGUAUUUGUGUAAUUUAUAAAGUAAAAUCUAAAUGUUGAGACCCGUUUAGUCUAAUAGAUGUGGAUAAAGUUUAUUUUACUUGAAAUUGUAUUGUCUACUUUAAGUGUAUUUAGCGUAAAUAUUAUUAUCAGAGUUUAGAAUCUUUGCAGUCAUAAAAAAGAAAGCUUAAGUAAUAUAGUUAUUGGCAAGGUUGCAAUGACUGUAGAAAAAUGAAAAGCAAAUUCUCAAUUUAAGCCAAGGAAAAUAUUGUGUAUUUAAUAUUUGAUGAAACUGAUUUUGUUUACCAGGAAAUGUAUAGCAUUUAUUCAAUAAUCUUUUUGCUGUUUUAAUGAGUGCACAUUUACACAAUUAAUUAGAGAAAAGUUAAAAAGAUGAGCACUUGUACUACUAGGAGCACAAACUAAAAGUUAAAAAGAUGAGCACUCAGAAAAAUCUCUCUUACCUAGUUGACCCAGAUGGAUUACAUAAUUGCUAUUUACAUAACAAAUGAAUUUUACAUAACAAAUGAAUAGGAAGCUAUUCCUUGGACAGAACUUGAAACAAGUGGACUAAUGUAUAAAAUCCUUGAUUUAAACAUUGGUAUUUCAGAAUGUGUUAAGUAGAUUAAGAUGUAGUACAUUAACCCUAAAUGUGAUAAAGGUGUUGACUUAACAAAGGCUAUAAUGAUUGUUAGAUUUUAUAUUCAGAAAUUCUUCUCCAAGUAUAGGAGUCAGACUAGGUGGCUCUCGAUGGGGAAUGCAUUUCCACCCAUCCAUCACAAGUGUGGAGUCACUGAUCCAUAUUUGCAGGCAUAUUUCUAUGGAAGUUAAGUUGACAGCUUUAUUAUUUAUUUUACAAUUUCAUUUUUGUACACCUUUCAGAUUUUUGAAUGCUUUUUUUUUGUAAAAUUCAUUUUAACUUGAAAGUAUACUUAUAAUUUCCCCUAUUUAAUUAGUAGACCGUAUGUUCAUACACACUAUUAAAUAUUAAUAGUGCAUUGGCAUACUUAUAAGAAUUUCAUAUUUGAAUCCAUAGUGGGUAUUUAAAAAAAAGAAAGAAAGAAAAUCCAACUCUGCCAAUAUCCAUUUUUUUCUGCUGAUUGAAGAGAAGAUAUUUGACAGUUUAUAUACUUAUUACACAUUCAUCUAAACCCAGAUAUUGCUGAGAAGAGUAUAUGGACAUGGAAUAUAUGUCUGUUUUUAGUUCUGCUUUAAAUCAUAACUGUGUAGCAAAUAUUGUCAUGAUCUGUUAUACUAAAAUUUGUCAGCCAAAUGUUAGAUGAAAUGUCUGCACUGUAGUCUCUGAUCACUGUCACAUAUAUAAUUGCUUUUUUCAUUUUGAUUUGUAGAAGAGCUUUAUGGUAGAAAACACCAGUAAACAACUUUUAUACUAUUAAAAGGCUUUUUCCCCCUUCUAAAUGUUUUAAAUGUACCCUAGUAUUUUGCCCACUGAAGAAGCUUUUUAUGGACCUUGCAACUUCUUUGCU